GAUUUGCAUUGUUCGUCAAAUUCGUCUUUGUUGUUUGAGUCGUGAAAUUGCAAUUUUAAGCGGAAAGAAUAUAUUUAUGUCUUGGUGGAUACCUAAUUAAAUCUUUAACUUCAAAUAUUUUUUCAUUGAGUAUUUAAAUUGUUGUUUAUCAAAUAUCUUAAUAUUACAACCCGGGAAAAGAUACAAUUUUACAAUGGAAACUAUUGAGAAUCAGCAAUGUGUCUUUUUGGGUAUUAAAGUAAAACCUGGGCUAAUGGAGCGCCAUAAAAUAGAAAAUUUUACUCUCGAUAAUACUGUGGACCGACUAAAAAACGUAGCAGAAAAGAAGACCAAUUUACCAUCUGCAUCUAUAGAACUAAUCCAUCAUGGAAAAAUAUUAAAUGACAAUGCAACCCUUUCUAACUGUGGUAUUAAAAAUGGUGAGAUGGUUCAUGUGCUCAAGAAAAAAAUCCAGGCACCUCCUACGUCACCGCCAUCAUAUACUGAUGCAGAGCUUCUGCAACUUAUUGCUUCAUUACGCACACUUGGAUGUACACCUAAUGCUCCUGGUUGGACAAAAGCAAUGCAGUUAUUAAAUGACGAAUCUGCAAUGGCUGAAAUAAUAGAUCAUGCACCAUCAUUAGCCGAAGAUUGUAUGACACUGUCAAUCUUACACGAAGUAGAGCUUCUUGCAGCUCUGGGUGCUAACAUUCAGACAAUGCGACGUGGUGCUGAAGCUCACCCUGAUCUACCAAAUGCAUUAAGACAUUUGAUGCGUUUAGUGCGAUCUCGAUCAAAUGCAGCUACUUCUGACACUGCUCCAACCUCUGGCUUUGCUUAUUCUUUGGAAGCACUUUCUGAAGAUGAGGAUGUAGAGGAAGAGGAGACUGAGGAAGUAGAAACAAGAAAUGCUAUCACCCAAGAACAAUUAACUGCAGCAUUACAGGCGGCGACUGAGGCCACGCUGUCGACCGCCAGCGGCGCCGCCGUGCCAAGCGGGCUGUUGGGCCUGCUGCAGGCUGCCUCGCCCUCUACCACUGGCGGUACGAGCAAUGCUGUCUUGAAUCAUAACAACAUCACUGCAGAGAUGAUCAGCGAGGCCAUUACUGAGGCACUUACUCGUUCUAUGCCUGAAUCCUCGACCGCUAAUUCACCAGCGUCAUCCUCAUUCAACCCUACCAUACAAGAAGAUUUCACGACGCAACUGCAACGAAUGCACGAGAUGGGCUUACUGAACGAUGCGCUCAAUAUUCGGGCUUUGCUCAUUAAUGAAGGUGACGCAAAUGCUGCAAUAAAUUUAAUUAUCAAUGGACUUAUUGAAGAUGAUUAAACAGUACUUCUAUCAAAUAUUUAAAAAAAA